AUGUGCUCUCCAAGAAGCUAGCUACUGUUUUUGAAACGUUUUAAUUGUUCAUACAUGGCUAGCUAGCUACUUACAUAAGUUAGCUGUUUGUUUUGCACAUUGCUAAGGAAGACCCAAGUGCUCGCAGCUAACGUUAGCUUGCUUUGCAUGACAUUUAGCAACGUUAACGUUAUGCUAACGUUAGCUCGCUCUGCAUGGCAUAUAGCAACGUUAACGUUAUGCUAACGUUAGCUCGCUCUGCAUGACAUAUAGCAACGUUAACGUUAUGCUAACGUUAGCUCGCAAGGUACAGUAGGACCGAAGAUACCGCUGGUAGAACUAGCUAACGUUACUAGCUAGCUAGAUAGUCAGCAUCUUUCCUACGGUGUAGCCGUGGUUUAGAUAGAAGACCAGGAAGUGACGGUGCUUCCUUGUUGCCAUGGCGUCCGAGCUGCAGGAAGCGAUCUGCAUGGCGAAACAGGAGCGUCACAAGAACCUGUUCCUCAACUACAGGAACCUGAACAACUUCCCCGUGGAGAUGCUGAAGGAUGAAGGACUACAGUUCCUACAGAGACUUUAUAUGAAGAGGAACUCUCUCACCACGCUGCCGGAUAAUCUAGCACAGAAACUCCCCAACUUAAUAGAGCUGUAUCUGCAUUCCAACAAUAUAACCUGUGUUCCUGAAGCGAUUGGUAACCUGUCCAGGCUGCAGUCUUUAGACCUGAGUGACAACGCUCUGCAAGUCAUCUGUCCAGAGAUCGGCAGGCUGAGGUCCCUACGACACCUGAGACUGGCCAACAACCAGCUGAAAUACCUGCCUCCAGAGAUCGGAGCCCUGUGUGACCUGGAGACCCUGGAUGUCAGUAGAAAUGUGUUGGUGUGUCUCCCAGAGCGGCUGCACCAGUGUCCGUCUCUCCAGUGUCUCACUGCCGACAGGAACAACCUGACCAGCUUCCCCAGACAGCUCUGCCAGCUCCACAGCCUCAACGAGCUCAGUAUGGCUGCUAACCAACUCACCUCUCUACCCCUAGAUUUGGGUCGUUCCAGAGAGCUGCAGUUUGUGUUUGUUGACAACAACGUCCACCUCAAAGGCCUUCCUUCAUACCUGUACAACAAGGUGAUUGGCUGCAGCGGGUGUGGUCUGUCAGGGCAGGUGUCUGACCGGGCGCCCCAGCCUCUGUCUCUGGGAGACGUGUCUGUCCAUCUGCCUGCUGAGGUGAAGGCUAUAGGCUCAGAGACGGAGCGAGUGGGCCCCCUGGAGGAGCUCGCCAUGAGGGCCCUGCACAGCAUGUACAGUGGACAGCCACUCAGAGAGCGGAGUCUGCUGCCACCCUUCCUGUUACCCAGAAGCCUUCUGGACCUGCUCCAAUGCCCCCUGGGACAUUGUCACUGCUGCAGUCAGCCCAUGUUUACCAUCAUCUACCCCAAACUGUUCCCCCUCAGAGAGACCGCCCUGGCUGGGGUCCACCGCAGAACCACAUCAUCAUCUCCUCCUCUGGUCUCCUGGAUGAAUGAAGGAUGGACUGUGGGAGUCCUCCAGUCCUGAACAUCUCAGGAGGACAUGCAUAGCCUCUGGACUGGUGGACAUGAAGUCCUGAACAUCUCAGGAGGACAUGCAUAGCCUCUGGACUGGUGGACAUGAAGAACUGAACGUCUCAGGAGGACAUGCAUAGCCUCUGGACUGGUGGACAUGAAGUCCUGAACAUCUCAGGAGGACAUGCAUAGCCUCUGGACUGGUGGACAUGAAGUCCUGAACAUCUCAGGAGGACAUGCAUAGCCUCUGGACUGGUGGACAUGAAGAACUGAACGUCUCAGGAGGACAUGCAUAGCCUCUGGACUGGUGGCAUAAGAACUG